AACUACUUUAGAAAGCAAGGAUUUCCAACCCAUAGUACGGUAUUUAUCUGUGACGAAAUUACGAAUCUAGAGAUUGUUUCUUUGCAAUAUUCGGACGCCCCUUGGACCCAACGGUUUUACAAGGAAUAUUCUAUACAGCCAAUCUGGACAUUUUCCUGUGUGUCUGUCCUUUUUUUUGUUAGUGGAAGACUGGUGAAACAUUUAAAGUGGCAGCAUUGUACUUUGUGGGCGGAGACGGUUUCUGAUAUCUGAUAUCACGUUAACAUUCAACGAUACUUUUAUUUACAUUCCAUUUUGAUUGAGGUCAUCAUACAAGAGUGAAAACACAUUGAUUGCUGUUAAUCAUGGAUAAACAGAAUACAAAGGUCUCUGACAUUAAGCAAUCACCCAUGACUUUGAACACUCCGCAGCCCACACGAAAGGCUGCAUUCGUCCACAAGCUAUAUGCAAUGCUAUCAGAUCCUUCCCUUUCAUCACUGAUAUGGUGGUGUGAUGCAGAUGGUGUCUUUGCGCUGGUACCUUGUACUGAAUUUGCCAAUGCUUUGACAAGUUAUUUCAAGCAUGGUAAUGUCUCAAGUUUUGUACGGCAACUACACAUGUAUGGGUUUCAUAAGGUUUUUGACGAGGAGUCGCCUAGAGGAGAUGAAAUAGUGUGGGAGUUUAAACAUUCAACAGGAUUAUUCAGAAAGGGAGACGAAGCAAAUUUAGGAAAUAUAAAGAGACGUUCUUCUAAUAAGACUGUACCCGAUGAGGACACUAGAUGGACAACAGCUCAACCAAUACAAGGUGUUCAUUAUGGUCUACAGCAACAAGGGAUGUACUACGUGGGCUAUCCAUAUCAACACGUCUACACUCAACAAACACACCAAGUUGGUCCGCAAGGCCUGCAACCUGUAUACCAAAUACCACCGCCACCGCCACCGCCUCAUCAUGCUCAUCCUCAGGGGGUCCCAGUUGGUCCUCAUGGUCAAGUACAACUGUUGCCACCAAGGCCACAGCAACAGCAGCAGCAGCAGCAGCAGCAGCAACGCCAACAGCAACAGCAACGCCAACAGCCGCAACAUCAACAGCCACAACAUCAACAGCCACAACAUCAACCACCUGCUAUACCUCAACCCACACAGACCACAGUACCAUCAGCAUUGCCACAGACGCAGACAACACCUCAGCAGUAUCUACCACGGGAAGUUGCCCAACAAAAGGAUACCAUACCUAGUCGUAACUUGUCAGUUUCAAUCCCACCUGAAAAGGUUGAUGUUCCUGUACAGAGUCAGAGUCGUAAAUCUCAACAAGGUCGCUCUUUAGAACGACCAAUUGAACUCUUGAACCCUGAUACAAGACAUCAAACAAGUGAAAUUCUACCUAAACUGGCGCCAACUUCUUAUUCACAACCACCAUUGUUUAAAGAUUACAUCAACUCACGUGCAACCAAGUUAAAUGGGAUCAGUGAAUCAUGGACAGACCGGAAAUCAUCAAUCCAUUUUUGGGAAUCAUCGGGUGCAACAAGACAGCGUUCUAUAUUUGUUGAUCCUCUUGCACCUGUUACCUCGACGACAACGUCAACAGGACCUGCUGAUACAACACCACAGUUGAGACCAGGCUCGUUACCAAGCUUGUACAAUGCGCUUCCCCAGAACUCUUUAGGUUCUCCAAUGACUUACCGCCGUAACGAAUCCUUGCCAACACAUUUAAACCCACCACAUAGGAGUUCUCUUGAGCUCACUGCUGGAGAGUCCAAAAUCUACAAGAGAUGGUGAAAAUACUUUACCUGCUAGUGCAAAUCAUGAACCAAUGUUUAAGAAACCAAAGCACCAGUAUUAGUGGCUCACGGUUAUGAAGGAUGUCUAAUUGUUUUCAUGUCAUUUACUUCCAGCUCCAAUGGUUGGAAGUCUUGUUCUUGUUGGUUUAUGUUUAAUUGCAAAGUAUCAUGAAACAUCCAUCCACGCUACGCACCAGUUGAAUACGAUCCGUGUAUGGUUCAUAUAUAUUCAUU